AUGUCUUUCACUCAAAAAGAAUUCAGCACCCCACCACCGCAUCCACCAGCAGGCACACCCCAAAACGCCGAAUCAGCACUCCCCUGGUACUCAAUAGCACCAGGAGUCUGGGAAUUCCUCUUAAACGGAGAUCCAGAGCAUAAAGCUGCACUACAAUGGUGGGAGCCAAAUGCCGUCUCAGCGCAGACUGAGCCUAUCACUCAUACCUACACGGAAGAGGUUUGCACGUUGCGCGGUGGGCUGGAAGAUGUUACACUAGGCAAGACGUGGAGCAUCGGUUCUUAUGCUUAUCGACAUCCUGGUAUGGAGCAUGGGCCGUAUCGGGCUUCCGAGGAAGGGUGUUUGCAGUUUGUCAAGGUUAUGCCUGUAUCGGAUGAGAAGUAG